AUGCUCCAUUCGUUGCACAUGAGGAUAGGAAACAGCAGCAGUCACCACUGUCAACAGUACCAUCACAGCUUCGCGGUUAAGGACAUUCUCGAUGAUGAGGCACCUAAACCAUACACGCUCCAUGAGUUCCGCUGGUAUGUUGAAUUUGUCGAGCUCAGUAGCGAAAACUUGUCAUUCUUGGAGUGCUACCACAGCCUUCUCAGCGAUGUGAAGACAGGUCAGCUAGAUCCGAAUGAUUUGGAGGCUAUGAGCUCGCGCAUAACUAACAUUGCCGAUAUCUUUAUACUGCCUGGAGCCGCCCUUGCGAUCAACAUCCCAGACAGCAUGCAGCAGUAUAUCGCAAACUGUAUUGGCUCAGAACCUCUACCAUCACUUCUCACACCCGCAGUUGACCACAUAACCAACCUUGUUCAGAACAGCACGAUCCCCGAAUACAUAAAAUGGAGCCGGAUCCAACACGCAAAACAGCAUUGCAGCUACAACAUGGCUGUGUGGUCAGCCUUUCUUGCUAUAUUAACAGUCGGUGUAGUCCUGAUCAUGACCAUGCCGGUCUGCCACCGCCAACUUCGUCUUAUUUUCCUGCCGUUCACGUAUUGGUCGAUUGGUGGGAUUGCCUGCAGCGCCUUCUUUUCUAGUCCAGAGCGAUGCUUUGUCCGACUGUUCCGUGCCCUUUGCAAGAAACUGCCAAGGCAUCGUGCGCUACACGCGUCGAGUACUGGGAGCAUAAAGCCAACGCCAUACUUGUGCGAUGACGAGAUACAUCAGGUGGAUUUCUUGUCGAAUACCAACGUGGCCGUGUCUACAGCCACACAUGUUGGUGACACAUAUAAUGUGACAGACACUCCAGCCGACACCGAUAGCCGGCUGUUCACCCUCUCAGUUGAUUCAAAUGCUGCCAAUAUAUUAAACGGCUGUUCUGGGUUCCCGGAGAUCGCUCCCCAGCCCCGCCCUGCACACAGUCGCUCUACAGGUACCAUGGUUGCAAGUCCUUCAGCCCCACCGCUAGUUCAUCACGAAUGCCACACAUUAUCGACUAUCGCCAUUAACACAGACUCCAGCUUCACAGAUAUCUUGCCUGUUUCCCACAACAUUUCAUCGACGGGUACGCUGUCACAAGUAGACAAACUUGAUGCAAACGAGCUUGCGAUUAUUGCGCCGUGGACAGCUCAGAGGGUACCCCCCUCGCUGCUGAAUAGUGUGGGCAGCCGCCACACAGCUCCAUUGCCCAGUGGCUCUCACUAUUCCAAAUUACCAGAAGAGCUGAGCAAUGAUAUAGAGGCACACUAUCCGGAGCCGUGUGUCUUGCCGACGCGACAAUCACCAUCCAUCCGUCCCUGUGCCCACAGUACAUUCGAAGCUGUACCGCAAUCUAACCACUUGCCCACUGGAGUUAACUCGUUGGGUACAGGCACUUCUCCAUACAUCUGGUGGCACACUGGCACCCAUGCGAUUCUUCCUCAGCUGAUUAUUUGGCACAUUGGUGUUCUCGCCUACUGGCUUGUCAUCAUGCUUGUACCAACCAGGAGGCCAGUGUGCUGA